AUGUAUUCAUCAAACAACGUUCCAUGGAGGGUUUCUGGUGGUCCUUUUACCACAGAAGACCGUAUGCUAUUCGAGGGUAGUGUCUUCUGUAAUGGAGUUAUUCACUGGCUCAAUAUUUCAAGUGGUUCUUCUUUAUGUUUCGAUGUUGACGGAGAACAGCUUAAGCAAAUGCCAAUGCCUCCGAUUCCUCAAAUCGAUGAUGGUAUGGAACAGAGAAAUGUUAGGUAUUUCGGAGAAUCUCGGGGGCGCUUGCUUCUUGUUGAGAUUCAUGGCCCUCCCCCUCAAGCUAACACACAACUUGAUGUUUAUGAGAUGAGGGCAGACUACUCCGGAUGGUUUGUGAAGCACCACAUCGAUCUUAAUGCAAUUGCUGGUGCAUUUCCAGAGAUGAUUAUGAGCUCAUCUCUGGAAUUUUGGGAGUUGACUAGUUAUGCUUUUGAGAUACUGGCUUUUGUUAGGGGAGAAAGUGACGAGGACUCAUUUUCAGUGCUGCUGCACAUACCAGGCAAAGUGAUACCCUAUGACUUCAAGGAAAAGAACUUCGUAAUGUUCAAUGUUUAUCAGUAUGUUGAGAGUCUUGCCUGUGUUUGA